CGUGACUGUAAUUGUCUUUCAAUAGAUUCAGGUGAGCAGCCAUGGCUAACCUGCAGCAGGAAUACCCCGGGGUCCUUCUGGGGAUCCUGGAGGAACUGGCCAAUAUGCGCCAAUGGCUGACCUUCCAGGACCUUUGUCGCAUGGUCAGCACCCGCUUUGAUCUGGAGCACCUCAUUGAGCUCAGGAGUUUGCUGUUUGCUGCUGCGAGCCGGGAUCCCUGUUUCCCAGCUACGCUUUUCAGAGACCGGGUUUCCACCAGAGGCCAGGGGCUGUCACCCAUAGGUGUCGCUGCUGACAUUGUAACUAUCUUCAAUCUUAUUCAGAUGACGGGCGGGGCCCCUGAUGACAGCCAACCAAUGAGAGCCCAGCCGGUCCUCCCCGUUGACCAGUCCCCAAGCCCCAGUCUGCCUGGAAUCUACCAGCUGAACAUUUCUGGUCGAGAAAGAGGCCGUGCCCACUCUGACUCCAGUGGCAGGCCUCUCGACCAGCACUUGCUGUUUCCGAACUCUAACUACUCGGCCCGAAAGCGAGCAAGUCUUCCUCCAGAUCCAAUCUCACUUGUGUCCUCCCCUCCAAUCAGGGCGAGGGCUGUGUCUUUUGACUUGCCUCACACCACACUUUUGUACCCUACUGGUCAAAUCCCCAACGAAGUCAUGAAGAAUAUGUACCUGCCUUUGGAUACGGACAGUGAGUCUAGUGGUGAUUCUGCUCCCAUGGAGGUAUUUGAAGCUGAACAGGGAUCGUCUGUUGACCAGAAGAGAAACAUCUUUAAGAAGGACUUCCAUAACCAGCCGCCUCUGAUACCCCAGGUGACCAUUAGCAGUGAAUCUCCCAGUCCUAGCAAGGGCCAGAAAGGCAUAGACAAUCACAGCUUUGAAAUGAUCCAAAAUCCUUACCCGUCACCGACAACAGUCCAUCAGUCGCCAGAGCAGCGGGCUAAACAUGAAAGUCUUGAUGACCUACAGGACUCAACUUACUUCGGACCCGGGUCAAUCCCAGACUGGUCCCCACGGCACCUUCGACCUCCAAGGACCCAGAGACCCAUGUGGGGCAACAAGAGUCACAGUCUAGAGGACCGGAUAGGUGUGGGCACCGUUGGAUUGGGGAUGGAAUCACAAGGGGGGCAACUUCCAAGACGGUCAACCCCUGCUAUGAGUAAUUUGGGGGGGUCCUCGGGGGGUGAGAGUGGGGAUAGUGGAUUUCCAAGUGGAGGCGAUGUAGUCAAGGCUCAGGGAACCCAGACAGACCUACCGGACCCCCGGCGCCUGCGUAGCCUGGUCCACGCUGAUCGCCUUUCCUUCAUGACAUCAUUAGAUGACCCUGAGUUUGGUGAGGAUGACAUCAGUGCCAUCUUUCGUUUCUUAGAUGACAUAAGCAUGUGCGGUUCCACGGGAGUCCUGCACCCCAACGAUGGAUCAGCCAUUAAUCAGGACACGCCAGAGGCCAGACGCGGCCGUCUAGGUCAACUCUCAAGGCUUUUUCACUCUCUGGAAAGCAGUGAUGAUGGGCUCAAGGCUAGUGUAUGUAAGCUACUCCUCCGUAUGAGCCAGAUAGAAAGACAACUAGAGUCACUGAACGAUGUAAAGGCUGAGAUUUCCCAGGUGCUGUCCGCUCUGCAGCGACUGGAUGAAAAGAUCCAGCAGCCUAUCAGUAGUGGUGGACAAGGCACUAGUGGGCGAUGGCUGGAGCCUCUCAGCGGUGUCUCAUCCUUUAUGAGCCACCCUCUAACCCCUUCUGAGUCAUCAGAGCCUCAGCCUCUGUCUGCAUCUGGGCAUCUGUUUCCAGGGACCAGCACUAGUAGUCUGGACUGGAGCCGAUGGAACACUCCUGGGGAGCAAACAGAAAGCAGCAAAGGUCAGGCUGAUUCAAAGGGGCGAAAAGAAGGGAAGAAGGAUGCAUCAUUUCGCCGUGCCUCCAAAACCCAGCCUGAAGACAAAAGUGUCUCUGAUGCCAAACAGCCGAUUGUCUCUAACUCUGCAAGAGACUGGACAGUGUCAUUCUCGAAAAGUAAAGAUGGCAAAGCUUCACAUGGAAAGGCAGAUCAUUCAGGCAGCACAACUAACCUACUUUCCCAGAAGUCCUCCAGCCUGGUGGAACAAGUAUUUAACUCAUCCCUGUUCCGCCACAAAGACAGCAGUCUGACAGGUGGGCUAACCUCUGGGAAGAUUGUGGACCCCAGAUUGGCUGAGGGGAGAGGAAGGCCCAUAUGGACUGUAGAUGACAGAGAGGCACGAGUCACCCCUUUGGAUUUACAGGCCCAGGAAUCUCUGAACCCCAACAACAUGGAGUUCUGGAUGGACGACAUCUACACUCCAGGGUACGAUGCUCUACUCAGGCGUAAAGAGGCUGACCUCCGCCGGGCCAAGGUCUGCAAGCUGCUUGCACUCAUUGCCACUGCAGUGACUAUCAUUCUCAUCAUAGUCAUUCCUAUUUGCACCAUGGUGUCAUGAUGACCCGUACAGAAUACCCAGAUUGUUGCCUGUUUUCAUCGUAUUUAUUUAUUUUCAGCAGCAAUAUGCUGUACCCAGGAACUUGCACGCCAUUCUCAUGGAGAUUAGUAGACGAGAGACUGUGAUGCUAGGAUGCUAAAGCUGGAUCGGUGAUCACUUAACUUUCAGUACCUUACACUUGUCUGCAUGCAGCAACCUUAUUUAUGACUUCAGAAAAAUAGGAGGAUUUGAACAGUAGCUUACUUUGAAAUCGAGUCACUCCCUCAUGCAGUUACAACAAAUUGUAAUCUCCCAUGCCAAGUUUGUUCUCUCAUUUAUUUCAUUAUUUUUUUCUUAAUAAUUUCAGUUGGCUGCAAAAGGCAGUAAUUAAGGAUGAAUGUUUAAAAUAAUUUUAAAAUAGCCCUGAGCGCAUAUGUUGAAACUAGUAAUACUGAGCCAUUGCAAAAGAUUUCUUUUUAUUUUCUCAUUUGGCUGCUCUUCUUCUGAGAAACAGCACUGUUCCAAAUUCCUUGUGAAGCAGCUUCAGCCUUGAGCACUGCCUGACUCUUUCUUGCU